AUGCAAACAAAUACUUGUGUUCCAAGCUCGUGCUCCGAUGAAGAAAAAUCUUGCAGCUGCCGAAAUGCUCUCUCGUUAGAGGAGUCAAAUGCUCUUGUUCCAACCAAUAAUGAGAGUUCAUCUAAAAACAACAGCUCACAAUCAUCCGAUAAUAAUCCCUAUGCAGGAGUGAAUUUAUCAUCAAGUAUUAAAUUACAAAAUAGUGUACCUGCCUCCAUUAUGGAAAAUGAAGAACUGAAUAGACUCAUCAAAGAAACCUUACCAUCCAAUUAUAAUUUUGAAAUUCAUAAAACCAUUCAUAGAAUUCAGCAAAUUAAACCAAAGAGAGUUGCGCUACAAUUUCCAGAAGGCUUGCUACUAUUUAGUUGUGUGAUUAGUGAUAUUAUUGAAAGAUUUUGUCCUGAAACUAGUACAGUUAUCAUGGGAGAUGUUACCUAUGGAGCAUGUUGUAUUGAUGAUUUUACUGCUCAAGCACUCGGAGCAGAUUUUAUGGUUCACUAUGCACAUAGUUGUUUGGUACCUGUGAGUGAAUGUUGUAUCAAGAACAUUCUUUAUGUUUUUGUAGAUAUUCAAAUUGAUAUUAAUUAUUUCGUGCAGUCAAUGAUUAAUAACUUUCCAAAAGACACUAAAAUGGCCAUGGUGGCAACCAUUCAGUUCGUUUCCAGUCUAAGAACAGCCAAGGCGGAAUUAGACCAACAUUUUACAUCGCCAGUUUACAUUCCACAAGUGAGACCAUUAUCUCCUGGAGAAAUUCUUGGAUGUACAAGUCCAAAAGAAUUAUCAAAACUUCACGAAAUUGAGACUCUAGUCUAUUUGGGAGAUGGACGAUUUCACCUUGAGAGCGUCAUGAUUCAAAAUCCAGAACUCAAAUUCUACAAAUAUGAUCCAUAUGGAAAAAAGUUAACUGAGGAAUAUUAUGACCACACAAAACUUCACUCUAUUCGUCAAGAUGCUAUUGAGAAAGCCAAGCAUGCCAAAAAGUUUGGAAUUAUUCUGGGAACACUUGGUAGACAAGGAUCACCCAAAGUUUUGCAAACCAUUGAACGUAUGCUCAACGAAAGAAAUAUUCCCUAUGUCACCAUUCUACUCAGUGAAAUAUUUCCAAGCAAACUUUCACUUUUACAUGAUGUAGAAUGUUGGAUUCAAAUUGCAUGUCCACGUCUUUCCAUUGAUUGGGGUCACUUCUUUGAUAAACCUCUUCUCUCACCCUACGAAUCACAAGUGGCGUUGCAAGCAGUGGAAUGGAAAUCUAUUUAUCCUAUGGACUUUUAUUCUCUUGAAGGAGGAGAAUGGAGUGUCAAACAUUAUGAAAAGAUGGCAAUGUCAGUUGGCACACUCUCAGCCACCACCACCAAUAGCAACAAACAACUUCGAGAACGAAUGAAAGCUCUCAACAAAAAGUAA